AGGCGCUUAGAAAAGCCCAUGAGAUCGUCAUAUCAAACGGGUUUUUAGCAUGCUAGGGGGGAUUCCGCCAUAAUAGCCUUGAAAUAUCAAAUGGAAUCGGCAGUCUCUAUACCGAAAGCCAGCCAGAAUGAACAGCGCGCAUCAGAAUCGUUCCAUUUUGCUGCUGCUUCUCAUCUGUGUGGCCAGCUCUGGAGCGCACAACACCACCACAAAUUGCACGCAUCGCUGUGGUAGCGGCGAUUGCAUUCAACUGGAUCGGCUGUGCGAUGGCAGGGCCCAAUGCUUGGAUGCCUCCGAUGAGACUGUCGAGAUGUGCGGCAAGGUCUGGUGUCCUGGCUACAGCUUCCGUUGCAGCUAUGGCGCUUGUAUUGCCAGCACGGCCGUCUGUGAUGGCCAGCACGACUGUGUGGAUGGAUCCGAUGAGGAAAGAUGGCUGUGCCGGGCCCAGAUGCAACAGGCCAACUGCGACAACUGGGAGAUGUACUGCCAGUCCGGCCAGUGCGUACCGUAUUCGAGACUUUGUGAUGGAAAGAACGAUUGUCUGGAUGGGGAUGAUGAGCUGGCCACCUUAUGCGAGGGCGUCACCAUAGCCAGCUCCACAAUCAACCCAACAGCAUCCACAGACAACGACAUGUUAAUGGGGACAUCGACAACGUCAAUGCGAAACCUGCCUGACGAGUGCGUAGUGCCACAGAUAACCAAUCUAAUAAUAAAGCAUUCCAGCAAUGCAGUCCUUCAUGCGGGCACGAGUGUCCCCAACGACACGAGGAUUCACUAUGAUUGCCCAGCUGAUCAUUCGCUCAAAGGAGAACAAGAGAAUAUCUGCAAUGCACCCAUGUGGCUGCAUCUGUUUCCAUACUGUGAAACUCCCACAUCAUUCGAUUUUGGCCUGGUCAUAGCAAUUUUCUCCUUACUAAUCGUCGCCGGCCUGCUGGUGCUCAUCUACAAAGUGCUCAGAGAUGACCGCCAUAGGCCGCAUGAAGAGCAAAUUUGGCUUGUAGACACAACAGGCAACAGGCCUCCAAAGCAAUCAGACAUAGUCAAGGUCUAACAGAAACUCGUUCUUGAAUUGUUAACUAUUAAAAC